AAAGUCGUGAUUGGGCGCUCCUUGGCUAGCGAAGAUGGCGGCCGCCGCUGCUAGCCGGGCCGUGGGUACCCAGCUGGGGCUGCGGGAGAUUCGCAUCCACUUAUGCCAGCGUUCGCCGGGCAGCCAGGGUGUGAGGAAUUUCAUCCACCAACGUUACGUGGAGCUGAAGAAGGCGCACCCCAGCCUGCCCAUUCUAAUCCGCGAAUGUUCGGAGGUGCAGCCCAAGCUCUGGGCCCGCUACGCUUUUGGCCAAGAGAAGAAUGUGUCUCUGAACAACCUGAGUGCUGAUGAGGUAUCCAGAGCCCUGGAGAAUGUGCUGAGUGGCAAAGCCUGAAUUGUCUCCACUGAAAACUGGUCUUGGUAUACAGCCGAAAUUGACAAAAGACUCAGGUUCCUUCUGCCUCAACCCUCUAAGUGCUGGGAUUACAGGUGGGACACACCACACCUGCCUCAUGUCACCACCAUCCCUUCAUUUCGGAGGUCUGAAUCUAGGGCCUGAAGCAUACUAGGCAAGCACUCUACUGAGGGGCUACAGACUGCUCCUGAGUUUGUAACUGAAGACAGAACAGGGUCUAGUUAAGUCUAGUUUGGAGAGCUCGAUGUGGUGGUGCAUACCAGUAAUUCUAGUACCUGAGCAAUGGCAGGAGAGUUGCCAGUUUGUGACACUAAGAAAACAAAACAAACUUCGGAUGUAGUAAAAGCAAAGCCCCUGAGACCGGAAAGCAGCUGGUAUAUGUUCCAGGAACUGAAAAUGACAGUGGUUGGAUUGAGUAACUGUUAAGUCAGAAAGAGGUUAGACUAUGCUUAGUUUUUAGUAGGUCACUGGGAGGAUGUUGGUUUGUGUUUCUAAAAACACGAAUCAGGGUGGCAAAUGCAGACCCUUUUAGGAAGAUACUGUAGUAUCUGAAUGGUGAAGACACCUACGAAAGAGAGGCACGUAGACUCCGGAAAUCUUUAUCAGGUUUAAAAAAAAAGCAAAGAUUUGAUUUGAUGGUGGAUUAAUGAAAGACAGUGAAUUGUA